GCCGGGCAGGAAGCGGACCGUUGUUGAGAUUCCGCAACUCUACACCGCCGAGGCCAGUCAUUGGCUGCAACAGCGCACGUGACCCAGUCCAUGUGAAGGGGACCACAGAGCGGUGGGGAAUUUGUUCUUCUUCCGCUGGGUCACGUGAGUGGAGGCGCAGUCCUCAGGGGGCGCUAUGGUUUUCUACUUCACUAGCAGUGUUGUCUCCCUGCCAUAUACGAUAUACAUGGGAAAGGACAAGUAUGAAAAUGAAGACCUCAUAAAAUAUGGCUGGCUGGAGGAUAUCUGGUUCCAUGUGGAUAAGCUCUCCUCUGCUCACGUUUACCUCCGGCUCCAGAAGGGUCAGACGAUAGACGAUAUCCCAAAAGACGUCCUGACCGACUGCGCCCAGCUGGUGAAGGCCAACAGCAUCCAAGGCUGCAAAAUGAACAACAUCAACGUCGUGUACACCCCAUGGGCCAAUCUGCGCAAAACCGGAGACAUGGACGUCGGUCAGAUUGGAUUUCACCGGCAGAAAGAUGUGAAAAGUAUAAACGUCGAGAAGAAAGCCAAUGAGAUCCUCAAUCGGCUGGAGAAAACGAAAGACGAGCGCUACCCCGACCUAGCGGCAGAGAAGGAAUCUCGAGACCGGGAAGAGAGGAACGAGAAGAAGGCUCAGAUCCAGGAGGUUAAGAAGAAAGAGAAGGACGAAGUGAAGAAGAAGAGAGAGAUGGAAGAGCUCAGGAAUUACACCUCAUUGAUGAAAACAGAGAAUAUGUCUACCAAUCAGGACGGCAAUGACUCCGACGACUUCAUGUAAAGCCGACAGCGCCAGUGGUCGCAGAUACAUGGACUAUUUUACAUUGGUCUGGGGACCGUCUACUCAAUGCCAAAAUAAAGAGAGCCUCUGCAUUCAGUACCUGCUUUACUUCUCCAGCCUGACUCCAUCAAUCCCUCCAGGGAGGGAGGGUUUGGCUGGGCAGGUGCCAUCUUCAUGUAUCAUGGAGAGCUUUGGGGGUGGAGGAGUUUCCUAAGACGAGGGGUUUGUCCUAUGCAUAUAAUGGGAGCUGGCAGGCUCCUGCAGACCGCCCAUGCCUGUAUCCUCCACAGAUUCCAUACACCCUGACGCGACUUCAUAAGAUGUCCACUGCCACACGUUAUGAACUCGACCGCCCGUUGGCAGCUGCCGGAAGCAAGACUUUAACUAUUUUAAUUUUCUCGACAGCUGACGGACAUCAGAAAGUGAAAUCUUAUUUUUUUUAGAUGUCUCUUCCGAUGCCUACAGUCUUAUUUUAGUUUGGUCUUUUGGAUGUAGUCCCUGGACAUCACUGACAAUAUUGGCCUCUUCGUGCUGCACGUCUCGGUUUGGAUGCAUGGAAUGGGAGAGUUUGCAAAUAAAGUGCUGACCUUAGUACGGGUCGCUUCUCUAUG